AUGCUUACCAUUGUAUUUGAAAGGAAGGCGCAGAGACUUCGGGCUCAUCAGCGGCUGAUUACGGAUCUGUAUGUAACGGAGACACAGCGGCCAAUGAUUCACUGUACCGGUGCUGCAGAAGAGGAGGACGCCCGUCGAUACCAGAGCGUGAACACCGUGAAGGCACUGAUGCAGGAUAAAGCAAGUCGUUCAAAGGAGUCGAUGUGUGUUGAGGAUAAUGUACUGCUAGAAUAUCUGGGACAUCAGGAAUACAUCGACACAUUGCAGAUACCGCUGCAACCGCUAGCAGAUAAUCUGGAUUCAGGAACCUAUGCAGUUUUUGAGGAGGAUGUGGUCAAAUAUACCAUGUACCGUGAAGCCAUCAGCCAUGCCAUUGAGGAGCUUGUUGAAAUUGUUGCUGAUCAACGACAAAUUGUUGUUUAUCUUCUAGGAGCAGGAAGAGGGCCACUGGUA